ACCAAAUUGUUCACAAGCUUGUUUAAACUGGUUUCAUAGCCAAGCUGCUAAGAUCUCUAAACAGCUUGCUGAGCUUGUCCACUUUGGCAAAAUUGUUCAUCCCACAACCCCAACUGGGUAUGAAAUUACCAUGAAGGAACUUUUACUUUUUAAUAAUGCAUCCUCUACAAUGCUUGUUUAAAAAAAAAUCUAACAUUUACAUGACAAUCCAAGCCAUCUACACUCUGCACUAAAUUAUUAACUGUACACACGUCAAUUUUGAAUGUCAAGCUAAGAUUUACUUUGCAAGGGCACCCUCUAUUCAGCCAGUUACAGACCUUUGUGCUGCAGCCUAAAUAAAAAAGAAAAAGAAACAUCACCACACAGAGAGGAUAUUAAGCCAAAAGACUCAUUAGGAAUAAAUAUUUCAUGUUUAAAUCCUUUUUCCAUCUCCCAUGACUUCUCAAUGUUUUCUAUAUGGUCCUAUGUAAAAACAUUUAGGCACCUCUGGUCAAAUUACAUGUCUUCUUGAUUUUCUACAAGUUUAUAUUCAGUGUUACUGUUUAUUUGCUUAAUUUAAUACAUUAGAGGAAAAAACAAAGUAUCUGUGCAAAGGUUUAGACAUGCUUUCAGUCAAUGGUGAUCAUAGCCAAGAAGUUGUCUUUUUCAUUAGACCACAGCACUUUCAGAUAUAGAUUCAGAUAUUGACAUGCAUGAUAAAAUCAGUUACAGUUACCUUCUGAUGAUUUUAACAUGCACAGUAGACCAGUACAUCACUGUCAUGCCAGCCAAAUCUUCCUGUACAUCUUUGGGAGAGUGGAAGGGCUUUGCUUUGUGUAGUAGGCAUGUAUACAAGCAGUUUGUUUUCAGAUAUAUUUCUUGUUUUUCCAGAUUUUGUCUUGACAUAAAUAGUUAAAUAGCAUUAAGAAAUUGUAAUUAUUUUGGACAGUGAAAGUUUUUAAGCAGGAAGUAUUUAGAUACAUAUUAUUAUAUUACUGACUCACUUUGUAUGAGUGAAACAUCUGUAGUUUCAGAUCCUCAGUCAGCUGUUUACAGGAGCAGUGGUUGUGAAGUAUAAAAUUUAAGAACUUUUUCAUAUUUUGGCUCCUUAACGACCUUAGGAUCCAGGAUUAACAGUGAUAAUGUCAGUGUUUGAGAGAAUAAUGCAGGGAAGACUCUUAGGAUAAAACACAUCAAGUUUGAAAUAGUUUUGUUAAGUACAGCAUGUGAUGGUGGUGGUUUUCAGAUAAUCACAGAUGUUUUUGCCAUGGUGAAAUCCAGCCUACUUCUGUAGUUAUUAUAUUCUGUUGUUUUUAUUACAGUUAUCUAUUGACCUGUUGACACAACUUGAGUGAUCUACAUCUGUUUGAAGAGUUUCAGUAAUUAGAAAUGAAUGAUGUCCUGUUUCAAGUCUUCUCCUGCACUUUCAUAUCCAGCUUAAAUGUGCUUCUGUAAACACGUUAGGACAUUCCACAAAGAGGAACUUUUAAGCUGCUGAAGCAGGUCUUAUUUAAGAAAAAUGGCAUCCAGAAGACGUUCCAGUACUCGGCAAACAUCAUCUGGUACCCUUCACAUGAACACAUCUCGCAGACAAAUGCAGAAAUGUGGGAAGGAGAGAAAUCACUACUGCUUGGAUUGUGGAAAGAUUUUUACUCAAAAGAGUAGCCUCAAAAUACACCAGCGGAUUCACACAGGAGAGAAGCCGUAUCACUGCUCAGAGUGUGGGAAGAGUUUUAGUCGACAGAGUCAUCUCCAACAACACCAGCUUAUUCACACAGGAGUUAAACCAUAUUACUGCUCAGAAUGUGGGAAGAGAUUUAAUGUACAGAGUAAUCUGAAAACACACCAGCGCAUUCACACAGGAGAGAAGCCAUAUUAUUGCUUAGAGUGUGGGAAGAGUUUCAAUCGUCAGAGUUCUCUCCAAGAACACCAGCACAUUCACACAGGAGUUAAACCACAUUGCUGCUCAGAAUGUGGGAAGAGUUUUACUCUACAGAGUAAUCUAAAAAUACACCAGCGCAUUCAUACAGGAGAGAAGCCUUAUUACUGCUCAGAGUGUGGGAGAAGUUUUAAUCGUCUGAAUCAUCUCCAACGACACCAGCGCGUUCAUACAGGAGAGAAGCCUUAUUACUGUUCAGAAUGUGGGACGAGCUUUAAUCAAUACAGCUCUCUUCAACAACACCAAUUAACUCACACAGGAGAGAAGCCGUAUCAGUGCUCAGAGUGUGGGAAGUGUUUUAAUCGUCAGAGCUCUCUCCAACAACACCAGCGCCUUCAUACUGGAGAGAAGCCUUAUUAUUGCUCAGAGUGUGGGAAGAGUUUCAGGCAUUCCAAUACUAUGAAAACACACAAGUGCACUAAGAGCAGUGGUGGAAAUGGGUAGUAAUGAGUAUAAUCGUAAGACAUUUGGGGAGUAAAAGUCUACAGGAAAUCAUGCUUCCAGCCCAGAUUUCAAAAAUCCAGAUUCCCAACUGUUUUUAGUUGGGAAAUUCAAAUUUUGUUGUUUUACAUGGUUUCUUCUACAUUAGGAAUGAACUUCUACAUUCUACAUUCUACAGGAACUUUUGAUAAUAGUAUUAGUAUUAUGAUGAAAAACAAUUGAGAAGCUCCACAUUCAAUAUUAUGUUUCUAGUUUAGUAUAUCUAAGGUAAUCAAGUGUUUCAACUGCAAUAGUGGAAGUUUUGACGGUUGUGACGUGCUUAGCUCGCGGAGCCCUUUUUUUAAAUUCUUUGAGUUUUUAACAUGUUAAUUAGUUAAUACUUGGUACAAUGAAACUGUCAUUUCCCUUUUAAUCUUUAUGAGCUAUGCUAUGCUUUCUGUAUGCUAUAGUAAAUAUGUAAUUAGGCAUAUUUUUGUUUUACUGAGCAGAACUGAACGGCUAAGUAAAGGAGAUACUGACGUAUAAAAGACUGCCAGACAUCAAGCUAUUUAAGUGACAUAUUGGUGACCUUACCUCAGUAUGGCCUAUGUAUGCCUGUUCUAUGUAGCAAAAAGUUGCGUACAGGCCAGACUACAACUCAUGAACUUUCCACUACUGUUCUCUGGCACUUUAAGGACUGCUGUGCUUUGUGAUGCUUGGAGAAUACUUAUUCCUUGAGAAUUGUGCUGUGACAGAAAUUGACUUUAACGCCCAUCUCCAAUGUAUCCUACCAGACAUGGUGGUAACCAGUGGUUCAGGUGUGGUUCUGUCAUUGUAGAACUUAUUGGGGAUGUUUAAGGCUUUGGCCCUGAGUGAGGGCAACUCCUUCAGAUGUCAUUAAGAUGUGCAUGACCACCACUAUUUUUGUUGAUUAAACCACCAAUGACACUGUGUUCAUUGAUGUUCCUGAACCAGUCCUAUCUGCAUUUAAAGUCUGUUUGUUGGUUGUAUAUAGUGAAUUUGUACUUCUGCAUUUCAGCAUGUUGUAACCAUGUUAAAUUUUACUGUUUGUAUUUGUAUUAAAUGUUUGUAUUUCUUUUCUAUGAAGGGUAUGUGUGCUACUUCAUGUUGUCAUAUGUUAAAAAAGAGGAAAAAAGCU